GUACGUAAGGUAGCAUUGUACGAGAGACGCGCGUCUUUGUGCAGGAUAACGCCAAAGGAGGUGGUUAAUGCUUUGCAAGAGAACGCAAGAAAUAGCGAUUGGGUUUGACUAAAGAUUCAAAGUGAACAUAGAAAGAUGGGGACCCAGCAGUUCUGUUUGAAAUGGAACAAUCACCAUUCCAACAUGCUCUCGGUUUUUGAACAGUUACUAAGUAACGAAGCCUUAGUGGAUGUAACUCUAGCUUGCGAAGGGCACAGUUUAAAGGCACACAAAGUAGUGUUAUCGGCAUGCAGUCCCUUCUUCCAAGCUCUUUUUGUCGAUAACCCGUGUAAACAUCCAAUUGUGAUAAUGAAAGACAUGAGAUAUGUUGAUAUGAAAGCCAUUAUUGAUUUUAUAUAUCACGGUGAAGUGAAUGUGUCUCAGGAUCAGCUGUCUGCUCUUCUCAAAACGGCAGAGACUCUGAAAGUCAAAGGACUUGCCGAGGUGGGUGGGGAAAAGCAAGCCGAAAGACAUAAUGUCCAAGAAGUUACACAACAGCCCGUUAACUCUACCCCGGUUGUUUCUGGGAACCAACAUCAUCGUACGGAAUCCCCUCCGGUACACAAACGUAAGAGAGGCAGACCGAGACGGAGGUCGGGAUCGAGUCAGAGCGAUACGGAAGAACCCGUGCCAUCCAAAAUUAAGGAGCCGGAUUCUCCAGAAAUCAUCAGCGAUAUCAGUAGAGACGGCGUGAAUGAUAACACUCCAGACGUUAAUCAGAGAUUAUCUUCGGCAUCCCAGUCACGGGUUCCUCCUAUUCCUUCCAGCCAAAGCUAUUCUCAAAAAUCACACACUAUGUAUUCUCCCAUUCCUUCACAGCAGGAAUCAGGUGCUACGGUUGAAGAACCACCAUCUAUAACGGACGGUGACUUUGAUGUAGAACCAUCACGACUCAUGGAGGCUACCUUAACUACAGAUGGUGGUGGUGUCUCUAUGUACGAAUCUCACACUCAGCCAUCGGUGUCCACAUCAUUAGCUCUUCCAUCUUCUUCAGCAUUAGAACUACCACAUUCAAACUCAUUAAGUCAGGCAGUCGUUCCCACAUCUUUACAUUCGGCAUCAGAUUCAUCUGGCUCGGGUCUGGGGAACCAGAAUACUAUGGAAGAUAUUAAACCACUAGUGUCUUUUGAAGAACCCCCCAUCGGUGUUUCCAGCCACUCACAAGAUAGUAGUAGUACAAACGCAGUCUUACCUUACAUGGACACGUCGGGAAUAUCGGCCAUCCCGGGACCAAGUAGCUUUCAACACGACAUGAGUUUACAGCCUUCGCCUCAACAAGCUUCUCAAGGUUCAGAAGAGGCUACUUUUAUGCCAUUCAUAGGUCAUUAUGAACAUGUUUUUAAGGUCUUUCAAGUGUUUCUCACAGGAUUUCACUAUUCUCAGUGUUCCUAAGCCUCCCAAAGGCUUAGUUGACAAGUCUGCAGGCUUCCAACAUUAAAAUUUCUGGUUUCGAUAUCCAUGAUGGCCAGUAUAAUCACUCUUCUUUGUUUUGUAGCGGAUCCUUCAGAUGGAGAUAGCAGAAGUUAAUACAUAUAAGAAACAAUUUUCUUGUCGUAAUGGCAUCUUGCUAAGCCUAUUUUUUUAGUUAUAUAGGAGUAAAUAUACAUCGAGAUUGAUGUAGAUUGAACUGGAAAUAAAAAAUGAAAAUAUGUAUUAAAUAUGAAACUGUUUAAUUGCUAAAAUAAAACUGGUAUUUAUUUGUUUGAAUGCAACUUUUUUUUUUCUACUCUAUCUAAAAAAAACACGAGUUUUGACUUGUUAUAUUAAUCUUCUACUUUUGGAAAAGUUGUUAUGUGAUAACUGGUUACUUGAGAUUUCUGUUUUAUAAAAUCAAUAAUUUUUAAAUAGUGUCUUGUUUAUUAAUCAAAAUGACUGUAGAAAUGCUAUAUAAUGUUUUUUAAUUUUCAAAUCUAUCAGUUUCAUAUAAUAUUUGUCUGCAGAAGUGUCAGUGUCUUCAUAAAUCCUGUGUUGUUUUACAUGGUGCAUAUUGUUAAAUAACAGUAAAACAAUAAAUCACAAUUCAUAUACUAUUUUUGUUUAAAUAAAACAUUCCAGUAACAGUUGAUUUUACACAGCAGCCAUAUCAUCUUGCAAACUUUAUAAUGGAUGUAUAAAAAUAGUGUACCACAUAUUAAAACUAUCUCCUUUACAUCUGUUGUUUAUUACUAAACUGUUUACAGUCUCCUUUACAUCUGUUGUUUAUUACUAAACUGUUUACAGUCUCCUUUACAUCUGUUGUUUAUUACUAAACUGUUUACAGUCUCCUUUACAUCUGUUGUUUAUUACUAAACUGUUUACAGUCUUCUUUACAUCUGUUGUUUAUUACUAAACUGUUUACAAUCUCCCAUACAUCUGUUGUUUAUUACUAAACUGUUUACAGUCUCCUUUACAUCUGUUGUUUAUUACUAAGCUGUUUACAAUCUCCCAUACAUCUGUUGUUUAUUACUAAACUGUUUACAGUCUUCUUUACAUCUGUUGUUUAUUGCUAAGCUGUUUACAAUCUCUCAUACAUCUGUUGUUUAUUACUAAACUGUUUACAAUCUCCCAUACAUCUGUUGUUUAUUACUAAACUGUUUACAAUCUCCCAUACAUCUGUUGUUUAUUACUAAACUGUUUACAGUCUCCUUUACAUCUGUUGUUUAUUGCUAAGCUGUUUACAGUCUCCCAUACAUCUGUUGUUUAUUACUAAACUGUUUACAGUCUCCCUUACAUCUGUUGUUUAUUGCUAAGCUGUUUACAAUCUCCCAUACAUCUGUUGUUUAUUACUAAACUGUUUACAAUCUCCCAUACAUCUGUUGUUUAUUACUAAACUGUUUACAGUCUCCUUUACAUCUGUUGUUUAUUACUAAACUGUUUACAAUCUCCCAUACAUUUGUUGUUUAUUACUAAACUGUUUACAAUCUCCCAUACAUCUGUUGUUUAUUACUAAACUGUUUACAGUCUUCCAUACAUCUGUUGUUUAUCAUUAUGCUGUUUACAGUCUCCUUACAACUGUUUCGUAUUAAUAAACUGUUUACAAUCUCCCUUACAUCUGUUGUUUAUUGCUAAGCUGUUUACAAUCUCUCAUACAUCUGUUGUUUAUUACUAAACUGUUUACAAUCUCCCAUACAUCUGUUGUUUAUUACUAAACUGUUUACAAUCUCCCAUACAUCUGUUGUUUAUCAUUAUGCUGUUUAUAGUCUCCCUUACAUCUGUUGUUUAUCAUUAUGCUGUUUACAGUCUCCUUAUAACUGUUUCGUAUUAAUAAACUGUUUACAAUCUUUCUGACAA